UGCAACCGCUCGGCCGCCUAUCGCUUACAAAAAUAUUAGUGAGGAAAAGUGAUACUGAUAUUCACGAAACAGCCACCAAAACUUGACAUUUCCACAAUAUUUUCGUGUUCAGAAAAAUUGUAAUCAUUUAAAUUAUUGAGUUCUGGUUAACCUGCAAUAAGUUUAAUUAGAUUAGAUUUAGGAUUAGUAUUACAAAGAAUAUAGCAGAUUGACUAUGGCAGACUAUCAAUUCAUUGCGGUGUAGGUUUCUCGUCGGAGACUCCCAGCUGGAGGAACGGUAAAAGUUAACAGGAUGGGUGGCGGAGGCGUCAGUGUGAAGAAACCGGAAGUGAAUGAGGGGAUAUCGGUCGAAAUAAUUUUGCGCCUCGUCUCCCUCGUCCACAUUUGCGUCUGCCCCCUCACAAAGGUCGAAGAAAGUUUCAAUCUCCAAGCCAUCCACGAUAUCCUCUUUCACAGGGAAAACCUCCAACUGUAUGACCAUCUCGAAUUUCCUGGAGUUGUUCCACGGACGUUUAUAGGUCCACUGGUCGUUUCUUUCAUUUCUGGGCCUUUUGUGUACUUAUCACAGUUCUGGUUCUCCAAAUACAUUGCGCAAAUCAUUGUACGCAUCUGUCUAAGCGAGUUGGUGAUUCGUGCAUUCCAACCUUAUCGGAAAACAAUUUCCAACGUGUUUGGGAAAUCACUUGGAAUUUGGCUGGUGAUCGUGACUGCGUCCCAGUUUCAUUUCAUGUUUUACUUAGGACGACCACUGCCCAACAUUUUUGCACUACCGGGAGCCCUUCUCGCAUUCCAUUAUUGGAUGGAAGGAAAACAUGCAAAAUUUAUAUUUAUCUCUGCAUUCGACAUCAUUGUAUUUCGGGCCGAGUUGGCAAUGUUGUUUGGAUUAUUGCUGCUUAUGGAACUGAUUUACAGAAGAAUUUCUUUAUGGAAGACCAUCAAAUACUCUGUGCCCAGUGGAUUGUUCUGCAUUGCUCUAACGGUAGGAGUCGACUCGAUAUUUUGGAGGAGACUUUUGUGGCCUGAAGGUCAAGUAUUUUGGUUUAACACAGUGUUGAAUCAGAGUCAUAAGUGGGGUACUCAACCAUUCUUGUGGUACUUUUACUCGGCUCUGCCCCGUGCCAUGACAAGCUCUUUGGUCCUCGUACCUCUAGGACUUUGGUGGAAUCCAAGAGUCCGCAUACUUGUUGCUGCCGCCCUCGGUUUCGUCUUCCUGUUUUCUUUCCUCCCACAUAAGGAGCUAAGAUUCAUCAUUUAUAUUUUUCCACUUUUGAACGUGGCUGCUGCAGCUGCUUGCGAUACAUUGUGGAAGAAUCGUGGCAAAAGUUUUUUUCGGGCAUUACUCGCAGUGGGAAUAAUUUUUAUGAUUGUGCUGAAUGGAGUGCUCUCGACAGGAUUUCUAAUUGUCUCUAGUAAGAAUUACCCAGGAGGAAAUGCACUUUUGGCAAUGCAUCGAUUGGAAGAUUCCUUUACAAAUUUAAACAUACACAUCGAUGUCCAUUCUGCACAAACGGGCGUUUCAAGGUUUUUGGAACUGCACAACAAUUGGAUUUACAACAAGACUGAAGGUCAUCCACGUGGAGGAAAGGAGCUUCAAACAUUUAGUCAUUUGCUAGUAGGAGAAGAUACGGUGGAAAAUAGACUUGUCUAUUUCAAAACGCACGAUAUUCUGGUUUCUCAGGACGGUUUUGUCGGCAUAGAUUUUUCUCUUAAACGAGUUCCUCCAGUGCACAUCAAGUCCGAACCGAUGGUUCUAGUGUUAAGAAGGAAGGGAUUUUCCGGACACCAUAAAAGUCCUGAUGGAACCGUGAUACUGUAGUAUAUAAUUAUAGUUUACACGAAUUAGAUAAUUUGUGACUUAAAUGUUAAAUAUGCAAUUUUUCUGCCAAGUUUAUUUUGUUAUACUUAUUUUAUUCUAUUGUUGAAGGUUAUCCUCCACAAUUUAGUUUAUACAGAUUAAUUGCAAUGCAUGUGAUAUUGAUUGACUACAUGAUUUACUGUUAUUGUGAAUUUAGUUACUAAUUAAGUUGUCCAAAUGUUAAGAAUAAAAGCUCGAUGUCCAACUCCAAAAA